AUGAACGGCGCUUCAGCCUCCGCCUCCCAGCAUGUACUGGGAUCCUCUGCGUCAUCCACGGCCCGCGAUGACUCAACCAUCGUAGGCCUCCACUACCGAAUUGGCAAAAAGAUUGGAGAGGGGUCCUUCGGCGUGCUAUUCGAGGGCACCAACAUGAUCAACGGCGUGCCUGUCGCGAUCAAGUUUGAGCCACGCAAGUCCGAGGCUCCCCAGCUCAAAGACGAGUACCGCACCUACAAAAUUUUAGCGGGCACUCCCGGCAUCCCUCAGGCGUACUACUUUGGCCAAGAGGGCUUGCAUAACAUUCUGGUCAUCGACCUCCUGGGCCCUUCCCUCGAGGAUCUCUUUGACUGGUGUGGACGUCGCUUUUCCGUCAAGACUGUGGUGCAGGUUGCUGUGCAAAUGAUUACGUUGAUCGAAGAUUUACACACUCAUGACUUGAUAUAUCGUGAUAUCAAACCGGACAACUUCUUGAUCGGUCGUCCCGGUACUCCUGACGAAAACAAAGUGCACUUGAUCGACUUCGGUAUGGCCAAACAAUACAGGGACCCAAAGACUAAACAACAUAUUCCAUACAGAGAAAAGAAGUCCCUCAGCGGCACUGCGCGGUACAUGUCAAUAAACACACACCUGGGGCGUGAGCAAUCGCGUAGAGACGACAUGGAGGCCCUGGGCCAUGUCUUUUUCUACUUUCUGAGAGGCCAGCUUCCAUGGCAAGGUUUGAAGGCGCCAAACAACAAGCAGAAAUACGAAAAAAUUGGCGAGAAAAAGAGGGUUACCAAUGUUUACGAUCUUGCUCAGGGUCUCCCUGUCCAGUUUGGUCGGUACUUGGAAGUCGUCAGAAGCCUGGCGUUCGAAGAAACUCCAGACUACGAAGGAUACAGAAAGCUGUUCCUUUCUAUCUUGGAUGACAUGGACAACCAAGCCGAUGGCGAGUAUGACUGGAUGAAGCUCAACGGCGGCCGCGGCUGGGAUUUGAACAUUAACAAGAAGCCCAACCUACAUGGCUACGGUCACCCAAACCCUCCUAACGACAAAAACAGGAGGCAUAGGAACAAGUACGCCCAAGGCCAGGGCAUGGACCCCCAGCAACAGCUACGUUACCAACAGCAGCAACUUCUGCACCAGCAGCAGCAGCAGCAGCAGCAGCAGCAGCAGCAACAACAACAACAACAACAGCAACAGCAACAACAGAGACAACAACAGCUGCAAUCACAACAGCAGAUAUCGCAGCAGCAAAGACUUGAUCCAACCUCAUACGAGGCUUAUCAACAACAGACGCAGCAGAAGUACGCUCAACAGCAACAGAAGCUGCAACAGCAGAGCCGUGUUCACAGCUACAACCAGCAUGCUCCACAGCAACAACCCAACCUCUACGGGGCCCAACAACCCCCAACGGUGAAACAGCACGCCCAGCCGCCCAACAAGGUGGCCGCUACCGACGGAAAGUCUGUGUCGUCUGGAAAGGGUUUCUUUUCGAAACUGGGCUGCUGUUAA